UCGGUGCAGCCUGCGCUUUCAGUCGGACGCACGCUCGCGUCGGAAGCUCGCGGCCGCUGGUAGCGGGAGGUCUCGCGUCCACCCACAUUCAAGCGCGCACCCCACGGCGCGACGUGACGCGGCACGGGGAUCCGCGCACCCCGGAAGGCGGAGCAGCGUCUCGGCCGGCAAAAUGGCGGCCGUGAUAAGAAACAAAUGAUCGGGGGUGGCAAACGGCGAUACUGAGAGAAACCCGGACGCGGGCCGGUCGGUUUCGUGCUUCGGUGCCGAAAUCGGACUUGUCCGGUUCCCCUCGGUACUCGGUCGGAGGUCGCGCGAGCGUGGAAAAAUCGCGAGCGGCGAGCGAGCGACGUGCUUCCCACCCCUCGGGGAACAGGAGAGUAUCACGUCGAUUUGAAGCCACGAGGGUGAAGUCAUGAGAGCUCGUCGCGAGGGAACGCUGGUCGCGUGUGGACGCGCGGACGUGUGACGAGCGUGAUUCGAUUUAUCGAUCACGGAUCCGCCGGCGGCGGCGCGAGGGCGAGCGCGCGUCGCGCGAGAAUGCAUGGGCGAGGAGGGACGUGGAAUCCGAUCGCGAGGUACGGAGUCGGGGCUGUGGGAAACGGUGGUGGUUCGAUGGAUUGAUGGACCUGCCGACGGGAGUGCGAUCGCGUCGCAAUCAUGCAUCUGCACUUUGAGAAGAACAACAACAACAACGCCAAAUGCGACUGCAAUAUCUUGUCGCUCAGCUGGAUGGGCAAAGUGCCGGAGGAAUCGCCGGAGGACGAAGGAUGGAAGCUCGACAGUACAAAUUACUACCAGGAAGGGUGGCUAGCUACCGGCAACGCCCGCGGUCUGGUAGGAGUGACUUUUACUACGUCGCAUUGUCGUACCAGAGCCGCGGAACUUCCGCUCAGAGCGAAUUACAACCUCCGAGGGCACCGUAGCGAAGUGAUACUCGUCAAGUGGAACGAACCUUAUCAGAAACUGGCCUCGUGCGACAGCUCGGGUGUAAUCUUCGUUUGGAUCAAAUACGACGGACGAUGGAGCAUAGAAUUAAUCAACGACAGAAGCACACCUGUUACGCACUUUUCUUGGUCCCACGAUGGCCGCAUGGCUCUUAUAUGUUACAGGGAUGGUUUCGUACUAGUUGGCAGUGUCGCUGGUCAAAGAUAUUGGUCGUCAAUGCUCAACGACAAAGCGACGAUAACUUGCGGCAUCUGGACUCCGGACGAUCAGCAGGUCUAUUUUGGGACUACCGCGGGCCAGUUGAUCGUAAUGGACGUUCACGGAGCCAUGGUGUCGGAAGUACAAUUAGCAGCGGGUGUCACAUCGAUGGCCUGGAGCGCCGAAAAGUUCACGAUGGAGGAGGAUGAGAGGUGCGACCGACCUCAGAAAGAUGACCGGAACUACGUGCUGGCCGUUUGCCUGGCCGACGGCAACGUCGUCAUGCUACGAUCGUUCGACGACGUAUCGCCCAUCACGAUACGCAGCAAUCUGAAGCCGCCUUUGUACGCCGAAUGGAGCAAUUCCAGAAAACUGCUGGCCAUCGCCGGCACGAAAGAGUCCGAUGUUGCGCAGGGCAGUCCGCAGGAGUACACGAAUCUCCUCAAGUUUUACUCGGUCAACGGUACUCUCGUCUACACAACGGAGAUUCCGUACACGCAAUGCCCCGUAUCGGCGUUGACAUGGGGACACAAUGACAAGCGGCUCUUUGUGGCGACCGGAGCGCGCGUCCACGCGGCAUGGGUCUCCAGAAGGGUCGGUUCGCUUCAAUUGCUGUCGAGAUUGGCAGUGAGAGCAGCCCUCACGAGAGAAUCCAGUGUUCCACAACUUCCAUUACCACCGCGAUUGAGGGCUUCGGUGGCCGCCCUCUUCGCUAACACGAUACGAUGCACGGUGCCGGAACCGAGAGAGUUGCGACGCUUCGUGUCGAGGCCACCACCUGGAGGUAACCGAUUGCACUGCACCAUGCUCAGGCACGCGGUGGAACCCGUGCCGUGUUACACGCUGUACCUGGAAUAUUUAGGUGGCCUUGUGCCGCUCCUGAAAGGCAGACGUAUCAGCAAGAUUCGACCCGAGUUUGUGAUAUUCGAUCCACAGAGCCAGGACACUCUGCACGUGCAAGACGAUUUGUCGCAGUGCCCGUCGUACAGCGAUGGUUCGGAUACCGAGAAGGAUACCGCGGAUUUGUGCGGAUCACCUCGAUACAGGAAGAAAAGUAGGAAGAGACGAGAGGAAAAACCAAACGAGGAAGCGGUGGAGCGAGACGAGAAACUGAAUGAUCUCACAUAUGUGGAUACGCUGCCCGAGCACGCGAGACUAGUCGAGGUAACGUCAAAUAUCUGGGGCACGAAAUUCAAGUUUCACGGCUUGGCAGAUUCGAUCCCCGCUAACUUGGGUCAGAUCACUUAUCGGACGUCAUUACUGCACUUACAACCGAGGCAAAUGACGUUGAUAAUAACGGAACUUCGCGAUGACGUACCUCCUGGUCCAGAUCCAACGUUCAACCCCAACCUGUUUUCCGAAGACGAGGAAGAGUCAUAUCAAGAAGCGAGCUCGCGAGCUACUCCGGAGACGCAACCACCACCGAUCGCGCCGAUGACGCCCCGCAGCGCUCGUCUGAAUCAUCCGAAUCGACCGAAAUCCCAAAUCUCCAGUCAGUUUAUGGCGACGGAAACCAUAGCGACGUCUCUGGGGAAAAUCGAAAGUGAAUACGUCCCGUACGUGGAUCUGCAGGAGAUGGGCAAUUUGUACGAGAACAUCAGAAACGCUCCCCCGAACACUUAUCGAACACCACCGCGGCACAAUUCGCCGAGAUGCUGUGACGUGCCGGCCUUACAAUCACCGAAGAACGCGGUAGCGCCCACGCAGACGUUAAUAGCAACUUCGAACGCGGGUGCCGAUUAUGCCAACAGCAUCCAGAGGAUGAAGAACGUUCUCGCGGACCAGCAGGCCGGUAUAGCCUCGAAGAAGGAACAGGAGAACAACAAGCUGAAUCAAAUCUCUCAGGACGACAAGUCGAAUCUAACAUCGGCCUGCCCGAUGAGCAUUAUUUCCAUGUCUAUGCAAAACGGCCAGGCCUUAAACGCGGAAGCGUCGAGUAGUCGAUACAUUUCCCAAGCCCCGAUCAUAAACGGCCUGGAGAGUAGCGAUUGCACCACAGCGCAAGUAGCAUACCUGAACGGUCUGAAUAGCAUGGCGUGCGAGAGUAAUGUCAACGGCUUUCAACCCACAGUGUCUCAGAGCACUCACAAUUUUGUACAUAGCAAGAAUAAUCAAAAUACCGAAGCAAGUGGCACGAGUCCCAACGCAGCUCCUUCAAACAGCUCUCAGUACGGGCAAGCUUCGAGUCCACUCAAUAAGAACGGCAUACACGGGAUAGUCUCACCGGCGUGUUCCUACCAGUUUCCAGAGAAUAUCGAUCAGUGUUUCGGACCGUCAUGUUCGCAGUGUCUUUCAAAGUAUAAGGAUCCCAAGUGUCACGUGUGCUACGGUAAAACGAAUCCCGGUUACGUGAACACCGGGACGUCCGCUAACAAGCCCGACGAGGAUUUGAUACAAUUCAGUGACGACGAGAAUAUCGAGAAGACGUCGGAGCAAUCACGCGGCGUCCAUAGGACCUCGACAGUGAUCAGCAUCAGUCCGAUGUGCUCGAACGACUCGAUAGUUCGUAGUUGCAGUGUCGGUUAUCUAGAUCUGGUGGAUGCUCAGCUGGUCCCGUGCGACGUGGCCUUGAAGAUGCUGCGAAGAGACGCGCCGAACAAGAGGUUGGUAUUGGUGUCGCGAAAAACGAAACGACGGAAAAGGAACAAGCCUCAGCAUGACAUGAGCCAGCCGAACUCGAAACCUCCUAGAUUGCGCAAUUGCGGCAAGUCCAAGAGUCUUGAUUCCAGCGAUAUCUUUCCAAGUAAUGAACAGAUAACAUUUCCACCGCAAUUGCCAGAACAUGUGGAAGAAGCUAUGGGGGUAACCAAUGGCGAAAAUACCGAAGACAACGCGGCAAAAGCAAACGAAUCGAUAGAAUCCUCAAAGGAAGAGGCACGCGAGGUUGACGAGAAACGCAAAGAAAGCAACGGACAUGUAGUUCACGAAGCCCAUACUAAGGAAAAGCCGAGCCGACUAGAAACUAUUGCACCUCCGAUUAAAGAUUCAAGUCCGAGUGGAUCUUACGUUUCAUCACUCGACAGUCUCACUGCGAGGCUUCGGGAUUUCGAUGACAACAAUUCUCUGCCGCCUCCUUCUCCUCGGCCAUCAUCGAGAUUGCCAAGGAGUUCACCCAGCAGUCCUGCACCUUCCAAGAAAGGCAAAAGACCGGCAUCGGCCUCUCCGAUCCGAAGAAAGCUUCUAUCGAGUCCACUACUGAGUAGAAGAAUGAGAAAGAGUCGCGGUGAAAGUUCGGACGAGGAGGGACUUCUUCAAGAUGAUUCUUCGUCGACGGCGAGCUAUCGGGAUUUAGAAACGUUCCAGAAAGCUCAGUUGCGUCAGAAGCUGAAGCAAAGAGGAGUGGGACUCUCCAAGUCGGAAGCGAUAAAGCGCGAUUCACAGCUGGUGAUGCAUAAUAAAGCACCCAUGUGGAACGAAUCCAGCCAAGUGUAUCAACUUGAUUUCGGUGGCAGAGUGACUCAAGAAAGCGCCAAGAAUUUUCAGAUUGAAUUUAAAGGUCGACAGGUGAUGCAAUUUGGAAGAAUAGACGGCAAUGCGUACACGUUGGAUUUCCAGCAUCCAUUUAGCGCAUUGCAGGCAUUUGCUGUUGCCCUAGCAAAUGUCACUCAACGACUUAAGUAACCAUCACUCUGCAACAUGUUCAAGUGGCGAAUUCGCAACAGAGGUGCAUCAAGAACUGAAAAUCGCAGAAGAUCCUAAUAGAUAGCAAGACUUUUCAAUGUCAAGAUUAACAGUGAUCUGAUCAUUCAUAAGCGCCGUGUCAAUGGACAUAUCAUUGAUGAUAGUGACUGAAUGAUUCGCGUGAUUCCUAAUUAUGAUCCUUCGGCAUAAAGGGUCAUCAUCUAGACAGGGACUGCCGACCUUUGCCGAGACAGGCGAGUCGUCUUUCGGACAAUGAGCAAACUUAUAAAUUACACGCUAAUACGCGAGUGCAGUUGCGAGCGAUUUAAAUUUGAGUGAAAUACAAAAGUAUCGCGGCAGCUA